AUGAAGCUGCUAGGUUGGAUGCGAACAAUAAACCGAAGUGGCUCUAAUCCAUCAAAGGAGUUAAAAGGUGCUUUUUGUUGUCUAAGAGCUCAAGUUUCCUCUGAAGUCCAAGACAUCCGAACAAACUCCUUCUCCUUUUCCAGACAAUCUCAUGAUCCAAACCCACCUAAAAUUGACGAGGAAAUUUGGUUUGAUGAAGGCGGGUUCAGCGGCUUUCUGGCGAUUGGGACGCUUGGUAGAGAUCCUGAAACACCUAAAUUCACAGCUUCCAUUGUAGAAGACGAUGUAACCGUUGCAAAGAUUGUUACUGAGAAACUAGACAAGUUUCUUGAGGAAUAUCCUGAAGAUAGUAUCAGUAAACAGGUAGAGAGAUCAAAGGCAGAAUCUGAUGCAUGUCCUGCACAAGGUCAUGAUCUUGUUAGAUCAUCUACUGAACUUACUAAGAGAAGCAGUGAAGUCAAGAAGAUAGAGAGUUUACUUAAAAGCCUCUUCAAGAGGAGAAAGGCAGUAGAAAGAAAGUGUAAUGCAGUGGAGAAACAUGGCACAAGAGAUUUGAUUAAAAAGAUAUUUGAAAAGCUCCACGUCUCUCCUUCAAAGACAAGAAAUACUGAUGAUGAUGAUGACGAUGUUGAUUCCAUGCACAAGAAGAAAGAUAUAAGAAAGAAUGUUCAAAUAUUCCAAAGUAAAGUCCAUCCUGUUCUGUGUACACCUGAAAGAGACGAUAACAAGAUAGCUAACAGAAGAAGCUGCUGUCUCAAGAUCUCGGGUCUUAAUGGAGGGUUUCUCGUUCCAAGUUCCAUGUCGAAAGUGAAGUGGAAAAGAGAAAAUUGGAUCAAGACUGACGCAGAGUGUAAGUCAAGAUGUUAUACAGAAUAUGGAUCUCAAGAUUUAUAA